UCCAUGCAUUCCAGCUUGUAUAUAAGUUUCUCAGCUAACAGUGGAAUGUAUCGCAGGAGUCUUCGCAACGCAAGAUACGAAAACGGAGAACCGGGAGAAGGGAGGAGAUAUGGCUGGGCUUAUAACGACCAUGUGAGUAAGCUCGUGGUUUCUGUUGGUACAAUUUGCCGGACGACGUUGUUACGCCUUGAACCCGCCCACUUGUUGAGGAACUCCCGUGCUCGGAACCGCCGCCCACGACGUCGACUCGCUCUCUACACGGUUGUACUUUCUGGAUACAGAUAUGGGAGUGGGGAUUCUAUCGGCUCAUCGCAUGGUCGGUCGCGGAGGUGUAUCGAACGAAGGCUUAGCCAGUUCGAAGGAGGAUUUGGCACCUGCUAGGCCGGAGUUGGCAUAUACAAGUCCACUCCAGAGAAGCGUUCACGGCCUACGAAUGGCAGAGCUGGGAGCGGCCGUCAUACCUCUCAAGUUGGACGCAACCGCGAGCCUCGCGCUCAGAGGUUCGGAUUCAACGGACCCAAGAACACUUCCCCUUGAAUACCGAGCAAAGAGCCCGGUUCAAGAGUUCACAAACUACUCCUACAAGCUACUUCCCAGCGGCCAGAAAUCCCCUACCGCAACCGACCUCACGCGAGACUACGGCGGAUGCUCUAGGCGAGGGAUCGAUAACGUCUCGGCAGUUGCUGGCAUCGUCUCCUCCCCGUUCACAAGAUCACUCAACGCCAAACCUCACAACAAUGGAUAUUUUGGAACCGCAAGCUUACUUUCUUUUGUGCACAGAAACCCGCGCACGCGCGCACCGUUCAAGCCGCAGAAGUCGAAUCGCGGGACGAGUAGUUGGCAGCUCAAACAGUAUGCUGAGGCCACGCUGGGAAGUGGGAGUCUGAGGAAGGCGGUGAAGUUGCCCGAGGGGGAGGAUAGGGAUGAGUGGUUGGCUGUCAAUGUCGUCGACUUCUACAACCAGAUCAACCUCCUCUACGGCUCCAUCACAGAAUUCUGCUCGCCGCAGACAUGCCCCGAAAUGAAGGCCACGGAUGAAUUCGAAUAUCUCUGGCAAGAUAACGAAAACUUCAAGAAGCCCACCAAAAUGUCCGCCCCGGCCUACAUAGAGCACCUCAUGACGUGGGUCCAAUCCAACAUCGACAACGAAGCCAUGUUCCCGUCUCGCAUCGGCGUCCCCUUCCCCAAAACCUUCCCGUCGCUGCUGAAGAAUAUGUUCAAGCGUCUCUAUCGCGUGUAUGCGCAUAUCUAUUGUCAUCAUUACCCCGUGGUGAUCGAGCUGGGCCUGGAACCGCAUCUGAAUACGAGCUUCAAGCAUUAUGUGCUCUUUGUCGAUGAGCAUGGGUUGAGUGGGGGCAGUCGGGAUUUUUGGGGGCCGCUGGGGGAUUUGGUGGAGAGUAUGUUGAAGAGUGAUUAGGGGGACGUUGGGAGAAUCACGGGGAGAAUGGGAGGGACGAGGGACGUGAGGAAGGACGAUAAGGAGUUGCCCGCUUGCGCUGGCAUCGAUAUUGACAUUGGCUUCUCUGAGCGGGUCUUUAUGCAUGGCUAUGUCUUGUGGCGUUUGGGCGAAGUGGGGUUGUGACUGCAUGAUUAGCGAGCAUAUUCGCAUUGGGAGGGUAUGGGCAGCGAUAUGGUAGAGUCUCUGGGGAGUCACUUAUGCAAUCCGGAUGGAUGGACUAAUGAUGAUACAUGGUACUACUUCACCUCAG